AAAACGCAACUUCUUCUGGUGCGACCGGAGGGCGCAAAAGUAGCAGUUCUCCGACCCUGAAGCGCACAUCCAUCCCCGACACCGGCGGCACCCCGAAACCAGCUUCACUGAGCGGGAAAUAAAGAGUUUCUUAUCAUCUCCCGGUGACUCUUCCAGCCAUGGACGCAUCUCGACUCGUUACGCUAUAUCUGGGCCUGCUCCUUACUUUCCUUGGGAAUAUACCGUGUUUCCAGUCUGCUGCUAUCAUCUCUCCCUCUGCGCCGCGGAGGAACCGGGGAGCCCGGAUCUCUCAUCGGGACGGACACAGGUCAUCCAAGAUCCUAAAAGACAUCCUCGCGUCCACGCACCCUGUCGUGGGCCAUCCCAAAGAAGACCCAAAGGACGCUAUUGUGCCGCAUGAAUACAUGCUCUCCAUAUACAGGACAUACUCGGCUGCAGAGAAGCUCGGACUAAACGCAAGCUUCUUCCGCUCCUCUAAAUCUGCCAACACAAUAACAAGUUUUGUGGACAGAGGAACAGACGAUCUUUUGCACUCUCCUCUGCGAAGACAAAAGUAUCUGUUUGAUGUCUCAACCCUUUCAGACAAAGAGGAGCUGGUCGGGGCGGAAUUAAGGAUAUUUCGGAGAGCGCCCGGGAACCUGCAGACUUCCCUGCAGACGACGGGCCUCUACGACAUCCAGCUCUACCCGUGCAGCUCGGACAGACUGCUGGACUCCAGGUCUCUGGACCCGCUGGACUCCACCAAGGCCGGCUGGGAAGUUUUGGACGCGUGGGACAUGUUCAAAGCGAACCAGCAUCAUUACCACCACCCCCACCCCCACCCCCACCAUCAUCAGCACCAGCAUCAGCAUCACUUCCAGCAGGGGAACCAGCUCUGCUUCCAGCUCCGCGUCACCCUCCGCAAGUCAGACACCGAGGUGGACCUGAGGCAGCUGGGGCUGGACAGGAGCGGCCGGUCCCAGCAGGAGAAGGCCAUCCUGGUGGCCUACACGCGCUCCAAGAAGAGGGAGAACCUGUUCAACGAGAUGAAGGAGAAGAUCAAGUCGCGGAGGUCGGUCGGGGAGAAGGAGGAGGCGGCGGCGGCGGCGGAGGAGGAGGAGGAGGGGGUGUCUGAGGGGGUCAAAGGGGAGGGGCCCCGGCGGCGGCGGAGGACCGCGCUGAGCAACCGGCACGGCAAGAGGCACGGGAAGAAGUCCAAAUCCAGGUGCAGCAAAAAGGCGCUGCACGUGAACUUCAAGGAGCUGGGCUGGGACGACUGGAUCAUCGCGCCUCUGGAUUACGAGGCGUACCACUGCGAGGGGGUGUGCGACUUCCCCCUGAGGUCGCACCUGGAGCCGACCAACCACGCCAUCAUACAGACGCUCAUGAACUCCAUGGACCCCAACAGCACCCCGCCCAGCUGCUGCGUCCCCACCAAGCUCAGCCCCAUCAGCAUCCUGUACAUAGACUCGGGCAAUAACGUGGUGUACAAACAGUACGAGGACAUGGUGGUGGAGCAGUGUGGGUGCAGGUAGCGGUCCGUAUGCAUUAACGGGGAGAAGAAGAAAAAAAACAACAACAACACAAACUUUAAAAGACAGGAAAAAUCAAAGAUAAGUCUCGAUGGGUUCAGGUUGAAGAUAGAAAGACCCUCGCAAGGUCUGACAUUCUUUUGACCCGUGACGCGCCUCGUCUUUAUUCAAAAAGGGAUGCACACACAAAAGGCGAUACCUGCUAUUUAUUCAGACUAUACAGUCACAACAAUCCACGCUCUCUGCCUUAACGUGUUACGCCUUCAUUCCCAUCCACGCAACAAGUCAUCGCCCAUCAAACAGGCUUCUGUUCCCCCCAGAGAGCGAUGGGAUGGCUGCGAGGCGACAUGGGAGCCCCAUUGAGUCCCACAGUGCACCUGUUCGUGCCGAGGCCAGAGGACAGUGGGGCUUUUUUUUUUUUUUUUUUUGCCCGUCAGCGCUUUGUUGCCGCUCGGCCGUGUGAUCCUGCCAGCCAGGCCGGACUCUUUUGGGUAUGUGCAUCCAGGCCGCAAUUGCCACCGUCCAGCUGGAGUCAUUACAGGCCAGAGCUAGUGCUUGUUUUCCAAAUUAAGAGGGGUGGGGGGGGGCAGAAUGUCUAAUCUACCAAACACACACACACACGCACAAACACAGACUGGUCUGAGGAGAGGAGAUAAGAUGGUGGUGGUAAUGCCUUCAAGAGAUUUUUU